AUGGUAAACGUUCUUGUUGGCAAGGCGGACGGUACUUGUGGAGUUUGGGACUUAUCGAUCGGGGAGUAUCUGGGAUGCUUUCGAGUCCACAACAAAGCGAUUACGGACUGCAGUUGGUCUCACGACGACACAUUUAUUAUAACGGCCUCAGAUGAUGCUCUAAUCAUACUUUGGGAAGCGUCUCUACAGAAGUGCACAAAAAUACUCAAAGGUCAUUGCUCUUCUGUGAUCUGCUGCUGUACGAACGGAUCCAACUCGCUGAUAGCGAGCGGUUCUUUUGAUGAAACUGUGCGACUUUGGAGUGCGUUGUCUGGGGAGUGCACUGCAGUCAUUCCUGCUCACGCCGAUCCAGUCACAAGUGUCAAUUUUGCCAAGGAUGAUACUCUUCUGUUUAGUACUAGCAUUGAUGGAAGUUGUCGUAUUUGGGAUGUCAAUACUUGUGGUUGCUUGUACACAAUUUCUUUAAAUAGCUAUAAACAUCUCACUAACGUCCUAUUCUCUUCAAGACUCACUUCAGUCUUACUUGGUACGCACGAUGGGCUGUUGUGUCGUGUUCGUCUUCGAGAUGGCACAAUCGCGCCUAUCCUGUCCGGAAUUCGAGCGACAGAAAUCUUGCAUGUGUCUCAACUUGAACCUGACUGUGAUACUUUAGUCGUUGGAACUAAAAAAGAUCAGUUCGUUGCUUGGAGGCUCCGCGAUCUCUACCGAGAUACUUCGGAGGAAAACGUGUGUGAAAUCAAAUUUAUGAUGAAAAGCGAUCAAUGCGCACGCGGACCCCGCCUUUUUGACUGCACUAAUGAUGGUUGCAUGGUAGUAGUGUGUGAACGUCACGAAAUUAGUGUGUAUCAAGUGAGUCAUGAUAUCGCGUUCUAG